GCCGCCAGGCCGCGCUCGCGCCCGGAAGAGGCAGCCUCUCCCCGGGGCGGAGGUCGGGCCGCGGCGCCGGCCACGGCGGGACUGGCAGGUGCGCGGCGCGUGUGCCUGGCAGGGCGAUGGCGUCCCCGGGCUAGCGCUGGUGAGGCGGCGAGGCCCUGGAGCGCACGCCCGCGCCCCACCCGACCUCGGCCUAGAACCCGGGCGGCGAUGGGGCUCGCGCGGCUGCUCCCGCUGCUAGCGCUGCUGGCGUCGGCUGCGGGCGCCGAGGUCGUGGCAGAAGCCAGCCAGGAUCUCCUUGAGUUUUCAGUGGGGAAAUUCAGAAGCUUCGAGCUCAACAGAACUUUGCCAAAGGAAGCUGUGGUGCGCAACAUUUUCAGCAAUGUGACUUUGCUUAUUUUCCAAAUCCACUCGCAGUAUCAGAACACAACUGUGUCGUUCUCUCGGACGCUCCUGCCAGGUUCCUCGGCAACGGGCACCGACCAAGGACUGGCUUUUGUGAUGAAUCUGGAGCAGACUGUGUGCACCUGGUACUUGGAGACCACAGCGGUGGUGCCUGUCCGGAGUGUGGCCAUCCCACUGUCCUAUUCAGAACUAGAUCCUGUCCCUGGAGGCUGUAAUUUGGAGUUUGAUCUAGAUAUUGAUCCCAACAUUUACGUGGAGUACGAUUUCUUUGAAACUACACUCAAAUUUGCCCCAGCAAACCUAGGUUAUUCAAGGGGCACAGAUCCUCUGCCAUGUGACGUGGAGACGAGCCGAGAUUCCAGGUGGAGGCUGCAGUAUGACAUCUACCAGUACUUCCUACCAGAGAACGACCUUUCGGAGCAGGUGCUGCUACAGUCCCUGCAGAGGAUGGCCGAGGUGUCGCAGGUGAAGGCCAAUGCUGUCAAGGUUGUCACCCUGACAGCUAAUGACAAGACAGACAUUUCCUUCUCCUCUGUCCGGGGACAAGGUGUCAUUUACAACAUCAUCGUUCGGGACCCGCUUCUCAAUUCCUCGGCUGCUUAUGUCCCUGCCCACACGUACGCUUGCAGCUUUGAGGCCGUGGAGGGCAGCUGUGCCUCGCUGGGAAGAGCCUCCACCAAAGUGUUCUUUACUCUCUUCGCGCUGCUCGGCCUCUUCAUCUGCUUUUUUGGACACAGAUUCUGGAAAACAGAACUGUUCUUCAUCGGUUUUAUCAUUAUGGGAUUCUUCUUUUACAUCCUGCUCGCCAGGCUGACAGCCGUGCAGUACGACGUUCGUCUGAUCCUGACGGCUGUGGCCGGCGGCGUGGGCGGGCUCGUCCUCCUGGCCGCCUGGUGGCGCUUUGGAGUCCUGCCACUGUGCAUGCUGUGCGUGGGCCUGACCCUCGGCUCGCUCAUCUCCUCCAUGACUCUCUUCACUCCACUCGGAAACCUCAAGAUUUUCCGUGAUGAUGGGGUGUUCUGGGUGGCGUUCUGCUGUAUCGCUGUCUUCAUUCCUGCUAUUUGCAUCGGCUGCCUGAGAAUACUGAACGUGCUGAGCUGCGGCGUUGUGGGAUCCUACACGGUGGUGUUGGCCAUCAACAGUUACUCCUACACGAGCCUCUCUCACGUCACUUUGAACAUCCUCAAGAGGGCGCUCAGGCCAGAUUUCCGAAGAGCUUUCACAAAGGUGCCUUGGCAGACUAAUGAUUUUAUCAUUCUGGCUGUAUGGGGGAUGCUGGCUGUGAGUGGAAUCACACUACAGAUCCGAAGGGAGAGAGGGCGACCAUUUUUCCCUCCCCACCCUUACAAGCUCUGGAAGCAAGAGAGAGAGCGCAGGGUGACGAAUGUUCUGGACCCUAGCCACCACUUGCCUCCGCUGAGAGAGAGACUCCUCAGCCGCCUAGCACAGAUCAAAGAGCUCUUCCGGAAGGAGCAGCCUGCUGGGGAGAGAACACCACUGCUGCUGUAGCUCACCCUGGCCGGGCCAGCAAGCCUCGCUGGGCUCUCUCUACCUGGGAGACGCCAGCCUUCUCCUGGGUGAGGUGCAUGAUACCAGGCUGGGAAUGGUGCUAAGACGCGUUAAGGGUGUGCUGGGCCGGUGGGAUGGUCCUGAACGACAGUGUGAGAAAUGCGGGAGAGGUGUUUAUUUUUAGACAUUUGAGAAAUCACAAUUAUGUUAGCAACUCAUUCUACUAAAUAGAUACACUAAGAAAAAAGCAAUGGGAACUGAGAAAAUGCUGAGGGUUCUCCUGUUUUCCCUGGUGGUUCUUUUCCUAAGUGCAUGGACACGUCUGUGGCCCGAGUCUGGCUGAACUUGACCGGGGUGUUUCAGUUG